UGUGUGCGCACCGUUCAGUUGUAGUGCAGUCGGCGGGACUAGAACACACACAUGUCUCAGCACUCCACUUCGUUUAUGUACAGCUCCGCCUCGCAGCGGUCCGUCCAUAACAUGGAGCUGGCCAUGGCGGGGGCUACAACAUCCCGGUCCGUCGGUUGCGGCUCUCUUCGCCUCGUCAUCUUCGAGAUCGUGCAGUGGGUGACGCUGUUCAUCCCGACCAUCCUGACAGCGCACCAGCUCGUGCAGAACCUCGGGACCAGGGAGGGGGUCCUCCCGAGCCUGUACGGCGCGCCCAUCGCUACCUUCUGGUGGAUUUUCGGCUGCGCCGCGAUCGGAGUGUCGCUGUUCGUCUACUUCCCGACAAAAUACAUGGUGCACAGGAGACUGGACCCCAGGAAACAGACGUGGCGUCCCGCUGUGCUUCUAUAUAACCUGUUCUGUGGAGGACCCUGCUUCGCCUUUAUUCUACUCGGCACAAAAAUCUUCCGCGAGUCCCGGAUGCAGGAGGACGUAAAGUCCCGGAUGUAUGACGAGGCCGUGUAUUUCGCGGCACCAGUAAUAGUGUUCGGGUUGAUCCUGACGGAGUGGUUCUGUAAAGGUCGUGAAGACCUCGCGUCAAACGUGCGAGCAGAAGCCAUGAUCCACGAUUUCCUCACAGUGUACGACAUGUUGGAGCUGGUAGCGACCGGGAGAGACACUGAGGUGUACGAGUCUUAUUGGAUAUACGCUGUUUACGGCGUGGCGUUUGUCAGCAUGUUCAAGUUCGUGCCAAGAGCGCCUUCCUGUGACUACAGCCACCUGGCGAAGCCGUACUUGAUCGUGAACUUGGCGCUACACGAGGUGCCGUACUGCGUGGUGAGGAUAGCACUCAUAGCGCUGUUUGGACUCAAGCAGGGAAAACUUAUUUAUCCGCUGAAGAACUUCUUGGCGAUCGUGUUCCGGUUGUACCAGCUACAUGAUCCCACGGAUUUCUGAUGGACCAAAGAGCGCAGGAUGUGGAAACUUCCGAAAAACAAACAAACAAACAAACAACAACAAACGCGACAUUACAGACUUCUGAUGGACCAGAGCGCAGGACGUGGUACAAUAAUAUGGAAACGUUUCGAAAGUAAAACCAUGAAAGACUUGUUAUUUGACCAAUCAACAAAGAGGAGACGAAGAAUCAGCAGGAACAUCGCUUCCAACAAUACCAAGAACUUGAAGGGAUUUGGCAUUAGGGGCCAGGUUUCCUCUGGCAUGUUAUCUGUCCAUUUCAGUAUUUGCCAAAUUGUACUCUUUCCAGCGACAUGUAUAGCCCGAUAGAGUCUUA